CCGUAUAAUUUAUUGUCCAAACCAGGGCGCUUUUGAGAAAGGAUGCAAUAUUAAUAAUUAUGCCAGGACAACAGAUAUAAACCAAGACUGUCCCAGGGAGAGCAGGACAUCUGGUUCCCCCUAUGUAGGUCUAAGGUGGGCACCAGGCAUCUGAUUUCCCAUCAAGCUUCCCAAGUGAACUGGACUCUCUGUAAGGGCACGAUUUGGCUGCACUUACUGGGCCUAUCCGGAGCAGGUGUAUUUGGGGAAGGCUCAAAUCUACUUGGAGAAACCCUCACAACCCCGUGAGACGUAACAGCUAACAUUUAUUAAAUGCCAGGUCCCACAUGUGCUGAGUACUUUACAGACGCCAUCUCAGUUCUCGCCAGGUGGACUUCUCUUCCAUUACAGGAAACUACAGCUUAAAGAUGUCGAACAACUCCUUCAAGGCCACACGUCCAGGGCGGAGGAUACAGGUCUGAACCAGCCAUACUCAUGAACACCCUAGUUCAUACUAUUUGCCUCGCGUUUUGUUGACACUCCCCCACCCCCACCCAGCUGCACGGGGCCAGGCAUCAUGCACACCGGAGGCUGCGCGCAGCCCAGCCCGGGUACCUGCAGUCUCUGGCUCCACUUGGGAAAUGCAAGGCGAACGGCAGAUGGCAACCUUGUGUUCGUCUCAAGCCACUGUUGAGGUCAGUUUACUAAGGAGGCCCGACGGAGGUGGGGCUAUUGAGUCGUCUGGCAGCCUCUGCCCAAGAAUCCUGUAGGGAGCCGCGCGUGGGGGAACCUAGCAACUGUAUCUCCUGCUGGGCAUUUAUGGCUGGUCUGAGGUCUCAGUGAGGCUUUGCACCGCAACUAGUAGCCAUAGAUAGGUCAGUGUUGGAAGAGCCCCACUGAUGCAUUUUAGUUGCAUUCCUAACUUCGCCAAAGCCACCUUUAUGAUGGCUCCCACGGCUGUUUUAAGUUUCUUCUACUCAGGAACACUUGUAACUUGUGAAGCCUCAUCCUGGGAGAAGAUUCGAUUUGCAUGCAGCCUCGACAUAGAAAAUGGCUGGAAAACAUUCUUGACAGAUGCUCAGAGAGGGUAAGCGACUGGACAUCAAUGACACAGCCGCGCCGGAACUAGGACCCAGGCCCCCGCUACGCCCAGAGCUGCGUCACCACAACCCCGCCCCCGGGCCGGCGUCUUUGCCGAGCGCCCGCAGGUUCCCAGCCCGCCCCGCGCCCCCCGGUGCGCACACUCAGUCCGGCCCGGUUGGUGCACCUCCCACCUAGGUCCUCCAGCCCCAGCGGGUGUGCUCGCGGGGGAAACAGAGGCAGGGAGCGUGCUUGUGAGUUCGUUCCUUCCUCAGUUCACACCCCACGGCCCGCAAAGCUGCCCUGCCCUCCUGAGACCCGCAUGGAAUAGCAGGGAAGGACGGGAGGAAGGGAAGGGGCCGAAAGCAAGCAGGCUAUGAGGAGUCGGCCGGUUCUGCCACACUCAAGAUGGCGGCGCGGCAGCGGCGAGGUCCCUCAGAGGCGGUACCGGCGCAUGCGCAGCGCGGAGUCCCGGCCCGGGACACAAGAUGGCGGCAGCGGCGCUGGGGAGGGCGAGGCGGAGGCGGCAAAACGGGAGGUCGAGCAGAACGUGUAGCCGCGUCCCCUCCAGUCCGCUCCGGGCAGUUGCUGAUGCGAGGAGGUCCCUGGGCCCCCGUUCACUCCACUGCUGACCCGGCCACCCACCUGCGCUGAGCCUUCCUGCAGGCCUCCCCCUGCCUCUGUUGGACCCUGUGACGUGGGGGUCCACCUGGUUGGAGAAGAAAACCCUCUCAUGCUAGCAUUGCAGACCCCAGAGGGUGAGAAAAAGAGGGACCUUGUCCAGCCUUGAGACCUGUGGGCUCAGCCCCAAGGCAUCGGGAAUCCCUCCUACCCAGAGAAUCAAGCUUUUUCUCCCCUUGCCAAUCAGAGCUUCUGAUCAGCAUGAGAUAAUCAGUGUGACCACAAGGAGUUGAUAAAAUGUCAGCAAGCAAAGAUAACUGAUGGUUAAACAUGGCUUCGUGCUCUUUUUGUGGGUCCGGUGUGGGUGCGGAGAUGGCCAAUGAGAAUCACGGCAGCCCCCGGGAGGAAGCGUCCCUGCUGAGUCACUCCCCGGGCACCUCCAAUCAGAGCCAGCCCUGUUCUCCAAAGCCCAUCCGCCUGGUGCAGGACCUCCCAGAGGAGCUGGUGCACGCGGGCUGGGAGAAGUGCUGGAGCAGGAGGGAGAACCGUCCCUACUACUUCAACCGAUUUACCAACCAGUCCCUGUGGGAGAUGCCUGUGCUGGGCCAACAUGACGUGAUUUCGGACCCUUUGGGGCUGAAUGCGACCCCACUGCCCCAAGACUCCAGUUUGGUGGAAACCCCCCCGGCUGAGAACAAGCCCCGAAAGCGGCAGCUCUCGGAAGAGCAGCCAAGCGGCAAUGGUGUGAAGAAGCCCAAGAUUGAAAUCCCUGUGACACCCACGGGCCCAUCGGUGCCUAGCUCCCCCAGUAUCCCAGGAACCCCAACACUGAAGAUGUGGGGGGCAUCCCCUGAAGAUAAACAGCAGGCGGCUCUCCUCCGGCCCACCGAGGUGUACUGGGAUCUGGACAUCCAGACCAACGCGGUCAUCAAGCACCGGGGGCCUUCAGAGGUGCUGCCCCCGCACCCCGAGGUGGAGCUGCUGCGCUCCCAGCUCAUCCUCAAGCUUCGGCAGCACUAUCGGGAGCUGUGCCAGCAGCGAGAGGGCAUCGAGCCCCCUCGAGAAUCCUUCAACCGCUGGAUGCUGGAGCGCAAGGUCGUGGACAAAGGCUCUGACCCCCUGUUGCCGAGCAACUGUGAACCGGUCGUGUCGCCCUCCAUGUUUCGCGAAAUCAUGAAUGACAUUCCCAUCAGGUUAUCCCGAAUCAAGUUCCGGGAGGAAGCCAAGCGCCUGCUCUUUAAAUAUGCAGAGGCUGCUAGGCGGCUCAUCGAAUCCAGGAGUGCGUCCCCCGACAGCAGGAAGGUGGUCAAAUGGAACGUGGAGGACACCUUCAGCUGGCUGCGGAAGGACCACUCUGCCUCUAAGGAGGACUACAUGGACCGCCUGGAGCAUCUGCGGAGGCAGUGUGGCCCCCAUGUCUCGGCCGCGGCCAAGGACUCCGUGGAGGGCAUCUGCAGUAAGAUCUACCACAUCUCCCUGGAGUAUGUCAAACGGAUCCGAGAGAAGCACCUGGCCAUCCUCAAGGAAAACAACAUCCCAGAGGAGGUGGAGGCCCCAGAAGUGGAGCCCCGCCUGGUGUACUGUUACCCGGUCCGGCUGGCCGUGUCUGCGCCCCCCAUGCCCAGCGUGGAGAUGCAUAUGGAGAAUAACGUGGUCUGCAUCCGGUAUAAGGGGGAGAUGGUCAAGGUCAGCCGCAACUACUUCAGCAAGCUGUGGCUGCUUUACCGCUACAGCUGCAUUGACGACUCUGCCUUUGAGCGGUUCCUGCCCCGAGUCUGGUGUCUUCUCCGACGGUACCAGAUGAUGUUUGGCGUGGGCCUCUACGAGGGGACAGGCCUGCAGGGAUCGCUGCCCGUGCACGUCUUUGAGGCCCUCCACCGGCUCUUCAGUGUCAGCUUUGAGUGCUUCGCCUCGCCCCUCAACUGCUACUUCCGCCAGUACUGCUCUGCCUUCCCAGACACAGAUGGCUACUUCGGCUCCCGCGGGCCCUGCCUGGAUUUUUCCCCGCUGAGUGGCUCCUUUGAGGCCAACCCUCCGUUCUGCGAGGAACUCAUGGAUGCCAUGGUCUCUCACUUUGAGAAACUGCUCGAGAGCUCCCCGGAGCCCCUGUCCUUCAUCGUGUUUAUCCCGGAGUGGCGAGAACCCCCCACACCGGCGCUCACCCGCAUGGAGCAGAGCCGCUUCAAACGCCACCAGCUGGUCCUGCCUGCCUUUGAGCACGAGUACCGCAGUGGCUCCCAGCACGUCUGCAAGAAGGAGGAAAUGCACUACAAGGCCGUCCACAACACGGCCGUGCUCUUCCUACAGAACGACCCUGGCUUUGCCAAGUGGGGGCCGACGCCCGAGCGGCUGCAGGAGCUGAGCACCGCCUACCGGCAGUCAGGCCGCAGCCACGGCUCCAGUUCCUCGUCGUCUUCCUCUGAGAACAAGGACCGGGACUCCGGCCGCGAGCAGGGCUCCAGCCGCGAGCCUCACCCCACUUAACACAUCCUGCGGGGAGGAGGAGCCCCAGGGUGCUGGUACGGACUGCUGGGACUUGGGCCUCUUGGGGCUGAGCAGACCCCAGGACCCUCCCCCUGAGGUGGCAGCAGGGCUCAGGCUGCCAGUGACAUAGGAAGAUUAUGGCUCUGCCAGGGCUCCCCCUCCCUGCCCGAUCCCCUGACUCCUCACCUCAAACUUGCUCCAGCUCCCGUGUAAAUAGGCCCCAUCCCUUCCCUUCCUACCCACCCCCCACCCCCUCAUCCAUACCAUCUUAUUGCCACCUCGUUUCAUUUGUAAAAGGAAAUACAGAAGCCUCCCUAAGAA